UCGGUUCACAUUUAACACACUUACCCUUCUAUCACACCAUUUUUGCAUCCAUACAUAACAUACUCAUACUACUACAACUACUGUACUAUUAAAUUGCUUCAUUCCUUCCCUUCAUUUUUCCCUCUUCAAUCUUUUCUUCUUCUACUUAAAAAUUCAUACUUGUUCAUCCAACCUUUCAUUUUUUUAUAUUUUACAUUAGAUUAUAAUUUAGUUUGUUUGUAUUCUGGGAAAUUCUUAAUUUUUUGCCGAUAUUAGGCCGAGGGAAAGAGAGGGCUAGAAAAAGUUGUCUUGUACAUGCUCCAAUUGAAAUUAGAUCGGGUUUUUGUCUGUUGAUAAAAUUCAUCGUGGGUUCAAUCAAAUUUCUGAUUAUAGAACAGAAAUGAAUGAUGAUUGUAAUAAUCAGAGCAAUGGAGGAAGAAAAAGGAGGAGAAAAAUUGAAAAUGGGGUUGAUAAGAGUGUUAAUGGUGUAGAAAAUCAACAAUUGAAUAACAAUAAAGGGUUGAUGAUCACUUCACUUUUUCUAUUAGAUGAUCAAAAUAAGCAACAAAAACUAGAAUGGGAAGAAAUUUCCCAUCAAGAAAACCCUAAUUUUGAACUAAACCCUAAUAAGAAAACACAAUCUAUGUUAGAUUAUCACCCAAUUGUUCAUAAUCACUAUGAUGGGUUUAAUGAAACCGAUAGAAUAAGUCGAAAGAAAUCGAAAAAAUCUUCUAGUGAUGAUAAAAAUGCUAAACUUGAGAAGCAAUCUGGAGGUGGUGGUUCGUCAGCGAGCCAUCAGCGUCGAUUAUGGGUUAAAGAUAGGUGUAAGGCUUGGUGGAAUGAGUGUAAUAGGCCCGAUUACCCUGAAAUCGAGUUUAAGAAAUUGUUUAGAAUGGGGAAAUCGACAUUUGAGUUUAUCUGCGACGAGCUGAAAUCAGCCGUUGCUAAGGAGGAUACGAUGUUAAGGGCUUCAAUCCCGGUUAAUCAGCGAGUUGCUGUGUGUAUAUAUAGGUUAGCGACUGGUGAGCCGCUUAGGCUUGUGUCGAACCGAUUUGGUUUGGGCAUCUCUACUUGUCAUAAGAUUGUGCUUGAUGUUUGUGCUGCAAUUAGGUCUGUUUUGAUGCCUAGGUAUCUAAAUUGGCCAGAUGAGGAAUCGUUGAGGCGGGUUAAGGAAGAAUUUGAGUCUGUUUCCGGGAUUCCUAAUGUAGUUGGUUCGAUGUAUACGACACAUAUACCGAUCAUUGCACCUAAGGUUAGUGUGGCUGCUUAUUUCAAUAAGCGUCAUACAGAGCGGAGUCAGAAGACUUCGUACUCGAUUACAGUUCAAGGAGUGGUUGAUCUGAAAGGUGUUUUUAGCGAUGUGUGUAUCGGAUGGCCUGGUUCAAUGUCGGAUGACAAAGUUCUUGAAAAAUCAGCAUUGUAUCAGAGAGGUAUUCAAGGGCUUUUGAAUGGUUUUUGGAUCGUUGGAGGUUCGAGUUACCCUUUAAUGGAUUGGACUCUUGUACCGUAUAAUCAACCGAAUCUAACUUGGACUCAACAUGCUUUUAAUGAAAAAAUUGGUGAGAUUCGAUCUGUCGCUAAGGAUGCUUUUGCGAGAUUGAAAGGAAGGUGGUGUUGCUUGCAGAAGCGAACCGAGGUGAAACUUCAAGAAUUGCCUGUGGUGCUUGGUGCUUGUUGUGUGUUGCACAAUAUAUGUGAAAUGAGAGGGGAAGAAAUGGAUCCCAAUCUGAAUUUCGAGCUUUUUGACGAUGAAAUGGUACCGGAAAAGCCAUUGCAGUCUUUAAGCUCAGUGAAAGCUAGAGAUUCAAUUGCCCAUAAUCUGUUGCACCAUGGUCUAGUAGGAACCAGCUUUCUGUGAUGAGAUAACCGUUAACUAUGUUAUUUGGACUCGGGUACUGAUGUCCAAGUAACGGAUACGUGUCCAAGAAUCGGAUACGUCUAAAUAUUCAAUUCUACGCCUAAAAUGAAGUGUCUAAGUGCCAUACCAAUGUUCGAGCAUUAAGGAUCGUACACGGGUACAUGAGCAAAAUGUAGAGUCUGACUGUCUGAGUAACAUAGAAUGUUAAUUUUAUAGAUUCAUUUUGGUUUCUAUUGUAGAAAACAAUCCAUAUUGUCACAUUUUCGCUGAUUUUUGGAUUGCAUAGGCCUUCAUCACUUAUAUAUAAACACAUAGGAUAUAGACAUAGGUAUAAGGUAUACUAAAACACAAAUUUGUUAACUGAGACGGUCUAUGGCUAUUUCUAUUAGACUGGUCCAUGUACACUUAGUCCAUUAUAGUGAUCAACAAUUAGAGAAAUGGGUGAAUUAUAUGGGCUCGUCUCAUGGUGAGAUAGUCUCUUACAAAAUGAGUUGUACUAUAAAUGUUAUACUUUUUGUUCAUACUUCAUAGAGUGCUGCUAUAAGCAAGAUAUAUAUGAGAAUAAUUGAUUGCAUAGUGCUCUUCCAUU